UGUUUAUACCUCACCUUGUCCUAGAAGGGAUUUGAGGAGGGGUUCCUGUUAGACUAAGGAGCCCAAGCGCUCAGCUGCUAACCGAAAGGCUGGUAGUUCGAACCCACCAGCCACUCUGAAGCAGAAAAGACCUGGCCAUCUCCCAUAAACAUGACAGCCUAGGAAACCCUAUGGGGCAGAAUUGACGGCACACAGCAAGCCUGUUAGACUACAGGCAUAGCUGUUCUUAGUUCCAGAUUGAAUGUGUUGGGGCCAUGUCCUAUUUCUGUUUCUUUGUAUCUCAGAUUUAUUUCCAUAAAGCUUGGCCAUAGAACACAUUUAAUGGAUCGAAUUGAAUGUCACAGUCUCUCAGCUCUCUUUUUUUUUCAGGUGAUUAACUUGAUAGCACACAUUGAUGGCUCUAAAGAAAUCAUCACUCUUAAUGGAUUCCAGUGAGAGUGAUUCUGAGGAGUUGCCAGUAUUUACCUUUCUGAAGAUGGAACCAUCUUCAACAAAGAGAUGGCUGCCUCAGAGGGAAGAGAAGAUUGUAGUGAUUAACGCCUCAGAUUCUGAGGCCUCCUGCCCUCCAUCACCAGGCGUGAAAGAUCCACCACCUGUCCCAGACACACUGGAAACUGUAACUGUCACACAAACAGAGCCAGUCAGGGUGCUAAGCAGUGGAAGUGAGGAUGAAGUGGAAUUUAUUCCCCUGGCUGAGAGGCUUAAGUGUAAAUUUUUGACCCACAAGCAGUUGAGCCCUGAAGACUCUAGAUCCCCAAUUAAAAGUGUCUUGGGUCAUCAAAAUAAUGAAGGAGCAUUAUGUGACUGGAAAAAACAGCCCUUUCCAAAGAUCCUCAGUGUUCCCCUCCAUAAUAGCUCAGAGACAAGCACUUCACAUAACAAGGACCCUAUCUUAGACAAGCCGUCCUAUCAGCUUCCAGCCUACCAUUCUACCUGCCCUAUCCAGGACAACAACUUGACAAUAACAACAUAUUCUGAGGUCCACCUGCCUCAGAAAAGAACCAGGCACAAUCAGAAGGCCCGGAGAAGAGACUGGCAUCAGGGACAAGCGAACCAGAAGGAAAGCACCCUGAGGCAACAGGAAAGGAAGAAGGCCGUGCAGGCGAACAGGCUGAAAGCCCAGAGGCCAGGAGAAUGCUUAAAGCACAUCGCUGCUGUCCUGGAUCCAGUACUCUUACAGAUGGAAGGUGGCAGCCAGCUCCUCGGGGCAUUGCAGUCCAUGGAGUGCAGCUGCGUGAUCGAGGCGCAGGCUGUGCCUUGCAGCAUCACCUGGAAAAGGGCUAGUGGGGAAACUGAGAGAAGGGAGGACUGGGCAGAGGAGCCAAUGAUCUUGGUGCUGCUCCUGGCAGAGGCGGUUGUGUCCAUGAUCAACAACUUAAAGCAGGGAAGUCUAGACAGCACCGAGAAAGGGAAGGAGACACUUCAGAGCUUUGUAACGGACAUCACCACAAAGACUGCAGGGAAAGCCCUGUCCCUGGUGAUUGUGGAUCAGGAGAAAUGCUUCAGUGGGGCUGCUGUCCUCUUUGAUUUCCUUCCCUGCUGCAGUGCUCAGAAUCCUCCAAGGAGAAGGAAGCAGGGAGUGACAAAUAGAGAACAGCCCAAGGAGAAGAAGCAGAGACAACCAGAGGCCAACACAGGGCCUGUGCCUCUGGUGACCAGGGUAGACCUGGAAGAGGCAUUGGUGGAUCUGCAGUUACACACAGAAGCCCAGGUUCAAAUUCUGCAGAGCUGGAAAGAGCUGGCUGACUUUGCAUGCACAUUCACAAAGGCUGUGGCCGAGGCGCCCUUCAAGAAGCUCCGAGAUCAAACUGGUUUCUCCUUCUGCCUGGAGAGUGACUGGGCUGGAGGGGUGAAGGUGGACUGCUCUGGCAGGGGCCUUGCCCUGGUCUGGAGGAGACAGAUUCAGCAGCUGAAUCGAAUCAGCCUAGAAGUGGCCAGUGCUAUUGUGACAGCCUAUCCCUCCCCCCAGCUCCUGGCUCAGGCUUAUCGGCAGCGUUUUUCAGAGCAAGAACGCCAGAAUCUGCUUGCAGAUAUACAGGUUCGCCGCGGGGUAGGUGUGACAUCCACCUCCCGCCGUGUUGGACCAGAGCUCUCCAGGCGUAUCUACCUCCAGAUGACAACUUUGCAGCCAAAUCUCUCUUUAGACAUUGCAGACUAAUGGUCGCCCUCAGGGACGAGGGAGAAAAGCUGGAGAUUUCCACCUCACCUACCCGGAACUAUAUGACCACAAUGCAGACUGGAAGCACCUCCAAGAGCACAAGCCUAGGUCAGGCCCACAGCACUCAUUCCUGGGUGUAAUCAUUCACGAAAGUCCGUCAGCUUGGGACCAACUCAAUGUUUGCAUUUACCUCCACCAGCAUUUAAUGCUCGUCUCAGCAAAAACCAGCUGCCAUGAUGAACCACUCCACCCACGCCCCAGCCAGCCCU